UGCACACGACGCGCUCUGCCACUGCCUGGGAAAACCUCCGACUUGCUGCCGAGUGUGUCUGGCCCUGUUUUGUUUUUUUUUUUGUGCUGAGUGCUCUUGGUUAACCAGUGUUCAGUUGGUCAGUGAGUCAGUGGUGAGCUAGUGAAUCCGAUGGGCGAGCGGCAGGCAAACGUCUCUGCCCAACCACCCCCCUCACCCCCCACACCGGCUACAGCAGCCAAAUUAUUUAUAAAGGACAGCAACUAGUUGUGCGAAUGUGAGUAGGAAACGCGUGGAAAAGCGAGGAAUAGCAAGGAAAAUCGAGGAGGAAAACGCAGGCUGCCAUAGGCGAUACUUUGCUCUCUGCUGGCGUCGGCAUACGAAAAACAAAUACAAAUCUACGAAAUACAUUUUACGCGCGCGUGAAGAGGACCGGAGUUACGGCGAAAAGCUUUGGGCAAUCUCCGCAAUUCCCAAACACACGCCCACGCGCAGCCAGAACGCUUCUCCUGCGAAAUGGUGCAAACCAGUGCAGAUGGCUCCGAUUACAAGGAGCGGCUGAUAGCCAGCGUAAAGAAGGAGGUCAAGCAGCUGAUGGAGGAGGCGGUGACCAAGAAGUUCGUCCACGAGGAGAGCAGCUCGGUGACCUCGCUCUGCGGCGCCGUGGAGGCCUGUCUCAGUCAGGGACUUCGCCGGCGGGCCUUGGGGUUGUUCAAGACCUCCUCGACGACGGCGCUGCUGCACAAGAUCGCCAAGAGUUGCCCGGAGGCGGAGCACAUCAGCAAGCUGGUGCAGGAGAUCGAGGCCAGUGAUCCCAGCAAGCGGUCCUCCAGCAGCAGCGACAGCUUCCAGCGGCCGCCGAUGCUCAAGAAGAGUAGCAGCAACUCGAUGUCCGCCGGCACCUGUGUGGCGGCCACCUCGUCCUCCGCCUCCGCCUCCAUCAGCGUCAGUGCCAGCACCUCCAGCAUGUCCCUGGCCAGCAUGAAAUAUUUGUGGAUUCGAUUGGCUCUCUACGAGAAGCGACUCACCAAAAUCAUCGAGUAUCUGGUGAGCAAUGCCAGCAGCUUCUACGACCGCGACUCGCUGGUGGCCGAUCCGGAUUAUGGAUCCAUCCUGAGCUCCCUGCUGGUGGGUCCUUGUGCCCUGGAGUUCACACGGGCCAAGACAGCCGAUCACUAUUGGACCGAUCCGCAUGCAGAUGAACUUGUGCAACGCCAUCGGAUAAGCUCGUGCCGUCGCUCCUCGUCGACCUGCUCCCGUCCGGCGAUCAUCAACUUCAAGCGGAGCCUGAACACCAGCACCGACGAGGCGAGCAGUGGGUCCUUCAAGUCGAUAGCCUCGGCCAGCGUGGCCAAGGAUUACGUGGAGUCGCUGCACCAGAACGCCAAGGCCACGCUGCUCUACGGGAAGAACAAUGUGCAGGUGCUGCCCAAGGAUGUGGCCGAACCGAUGCCCGGCUAUCUCAGUCUGCACCAGCACAUCCAGACGCUGACCAUUAAGUGGACCCCAAAUCAGCUGAUGAACGGCUACAACGAGACGGAGGAGGCGGAGGACAUCGACAAGGAUGCCUUCUGGGCGUACGCGCUGAACAUCAACGUGGACGAGAUCGUCUAUGUGCAUUGCCACCAGAGUCGCGGCGAGGACAGUGGCGGCACCGUCAUCCUGGUGGGUCAGGACGGUGUCCAGCGGCCGCCGAUCCACUUUCCCGAGGGCGGUCACAUGCAGCAGUUUCUCAGCUGCCUGGAAACGGGUCUCCUGCCGCACGGCCAACUGGAUCCGCCGCUCUGGUCGCAGCGAGGCAUCGGCAAGAUGUUCCUCUGGCCCCGCAGCAUGCGACGUCGCAUCCUGCCGUCGGUCAUGGAGUCCGUGGACGAGACGCCCAUCGACUACGUCUUCCGCAUCGUCAGCAAAAGUCGCCACGAGGAGUUCGCUGCCACCCACUCGAUCCUGGACUUUGUGCGGAGCACUCCGCGUCGGGCACAGCUGAGCAGCUGCUCCACAACGGGCAGCAGCGACUGCUCCAACAAGAGCCUCUCCAUCGACCAGUUCCCGCUGGAGUCGCCGCUGCUCCUCCACCAGCAGCAGCAGCAGCAGCUGCUCCAGGCGCAGAGCACCAGCAUUGAGAUGGUCUGCUCCACGAUGCGCAGGCAGAUCAUCUCGAGGGCCUUCUACGGCUGGCUGGCCUACUGCCGCCACCUCUCCACGGUGCGCACCCACUUGUCCGGCCUGGUCCACGGCCGAAUUACGCCGGAAAUGAAAGCGGAUGAGGAGGGUCUGACCAAGGAGCGCUGGCAGCUCCUGAACGUGGAUGGAGUCCUGGAGAAUGCGACGGAGUUCUACCGCCUGGUCUACUUCGGUGGCGUGCAGCCAGAGCUGCGGCAGGAGGUGUGGCCCUAUCUGCUGGGCCACUAUGCCUUCGGCUCCACCGCGGAGGAUCGCCGGAAGCAGGACGAGACGUGCAAGCACUACUACGAGACGACGAUGAGCGAGUGGCUGGCGGUGGACGCCAUUGUGCAGCAGCGGGAGAAGGAAAAGACCGCCCGGGCGGUGGCCAAGUUGAGUUCCGGCAGCAAUUCCGGCAACGAACGGACCGUGCGGGCAGCCGAUCUCGAGGCGGGCGGCGAACUGGAGAACGAGGUGUUCGAGGACAUCUCCGAUAUAUCGGAUCCCGGUGAUCUGGAGUUCGAUGAGCAGCAGCAGCAGCAGCAGUUGCAGCAACAGCAGGUGGUAUGCCAAUCGAGUGGCAAUCACCUGAGUGUCAAGCCCAUUCCCAGGGCAAUGAAGACCAGCACGGAUUCGGGGCAUGUCGACGAAGGCGAUAACUUCAAUGAGCUGGACGAGCAGGAGGAGGAUGAGGAGGAUGAAAAGAAGUUGGAGGGUGGCAAGCCCAAGGAGGAGCAGGAGGAGCAGCAGGAGGAUCAGCUAAAUCCAGAGCCGACCAGCUCGACCUCCACAGCCUCCUCGUACGAGACAGUGGGUCCGGGUGGCACCCGCGACACCCGCAGUGUCCUCAGUCCGGAGUAUCUGAGUGCCGACGAUCUGCAGCUGCCGGAGGAUGAGGAUGCAGUGAAGCAGCCACCGCCACCGCCACCGCUGGCACAGCAACAAACGGCGGCUGUCAUCAUCACCAAGGCAUCCGUGGACAUAACCCAUUGGGAGCGGAGUCCCAAGGCCGAAGAGGGCGGCCAAAUGUCACCCGUGGAGGAGCAGGUUGGCGAAUCCGGCGGUGCAGCUGCCGUUAAUCUCGAUGCCCUGCAGCAGCCCAAGUCCGCCUGCGCCUCGCCAGCCAGCUCCAAUGGUGGGGUCUAUAGUAGCGAACUGCUGGAACAGUUUGGCCUCAAUCUGCACCGGAUCGAGAAGGAUGUGCAGCGGUGCGACAGGAACUACUGGUACUUCGUCAACGAGAACCUGGACAAGCUGCGCAACGUGAUCUCCACGUACGUGUGGGAGCACCUGGACGUGGGCUACAUGCAGGGCAUGUGCGACCUGGUGGCUCCGCUCCUGGUCAUCUUCGACGACGAGUCGCUCAGCUACAGCUGCUUCUGCAAGCUCAUGGAGCGCAUGAUCGAGAACUUCCCCAGCGGCGGGGCCAUGGACAUGCACUUUGCGAACAUGCGAUCCCUCAUACAGAUCCUCGACUCGGAGAUGUACGACCUGAUGGACUCGAAUGGCGACUACACGCACUUCUACUUCUGCUACCGCUGGUUCCUGCUCGACUUCAAGAGGGAGCUCGUCUACGACGACGUCUUCGCCACCUGGGAGGUGAUCUGGGCGGCCAAGCACAUCGCCUCCGGCCACUUCGUCCUCUUUUUGGCCCUGGCCCUGCUGGAGACCUACCGCGACAUCAUCCUGUCCAACAGCAUGGACUUCACCGAUGUCAUCAAGUUCUUCAAUGAAAUGGCCGAACGUCACAAUGCCCAAUCGGUGCUGCAGUUGGCCCGGAGUCUGGUCCUCCAACUGCAGAUGAUCAUCGAGAACAAGUAGUGUAAUGACCGUAUUGAUUGCACCAUUGUAGAUCGUAGUUCAGUCGAAAUUUCGUUUGCCAAGUAUUAACCAAAGAAGCCCAAUAAGAUCGCAAAUGCGAAAAUGCGAAUGAUUAACAAACCAACAAUAAGUACGUGUCGAUCGAUGUCGUCGCUAUAAAGUAUUUAACCUAGAUUUGUAUUGUAUGAAGCCCAAAAAAAAACACUAACUGAACCUGUAACCUGUAAUCCUAAAAUUGGUAAAUGUAUUUUAAUGUCUACGUAAGUUCUUCCUAAACUCUUCGCGCAUAUCCCCAGAAAUAAAGGAAACCAGAAAACAGGGGCAGCUAAUGCAAAUGCAAAUGCAAAAGACUCUGAACAAAAGAAUGACAUCAUAUAUUAUAUAUGAAAUCCGUAUACAACUGUAUAGACAUCUGUUAUUCACACUUUGCACUCGAACGAUUUGUUUUCAGUGUGCUUUACCUACAGAGAACACAUAUUAUAUAUAAAGAGAAUCGGGAGAGGGCAACGUAAUUAGCACGUUAUAUCAAAAUGCAAAACAAAUUAUCAAUAUAUAUAUAUAUAUACACGAAUAGUGCGUUUUUCUCAGUUAUUUCAAAUCAACUAUCAUUAUUUAUUUUAAGUAAGUUUAAAAAAUUAAAGAUCUUUGAUCGGGGACAACUGUAUUAGUAAAUCGCACUUUGAAAAUAUUAAUAAGUACAGAAAAGUACACACAACAAAUAGCUAAUCGAGAGAAUAUUAAACAAUAAGUUCCGGUCCAAAGAAAAACCCAACUUCCAACUAAACCAAACCAAAGGCAACUAAACUCUGUACCAGCGAAAUGUAUCCAAUUGUGUGUAACAAUCAAGUCAACAAUAAGUCGAGUACCCUUAAAUAACCAUAUAUACACGGCAUAUAUGGUCGGAUCUUGUGUGUCUAUUAUCUAUAUAAGCUGCCAGGCCAAACCGAGUUCCAUUUUCAUUUAAUUGUAUAUUAUUUUUAUAUACAUAUAUUUACAAAGCAAAGUCAUUGCAUACGUACAUAUAUCUAUUUUUCCCCACUGUGUGAUCUCUCUCUCUACACCGAGUAUAAAUGUUGUGGAUUACUAUAUCUUUAUACCUUAAUUAUACUCUUUGUAAAUGUACCUUUCCCCGGACAAACAAGAGGUAGACGAUACCUCGGCUCCACUUUAUCUCAAUUACAAAUACAAAAAAAAAUAUAUAUAUAUAUA